AUGACAGAUAAUGAGACGACACCACCCGCACUACCACCUUCACGGAUGGCAACUAGGUCAACAACAACAGCAGCGGCUGUCGCUGCAGCUGCAGCAGUAGCAGCAGCCACUCGAACUACGAAUAAUAAAACUGGCUAUGAACGUCUUGCUCAACUCUAUCCACAUGUUACUGAUGAUAUUCAUUUGCCAAUGAGAUGGAAUGCAAAAGAAAAAGUGCAAACUUUGGUUUUACAACAAAAUGAUCUCGUUGUCACCUACAAAGGACCUGGUAAAUCACAUAAAGAUGCAGCGAGUGUUCGUUCUGAUUAUCCUAUUCCACCGUUGACCGGUAUUUAUUAUUAUGAAGUGAAAAUUUUAAGCAAAGGUCGUGAUGGAUAUAUGGGAAUUGGUUUAUCUACCAGUGAUGUAAAUCUCAAUCGUCUACCUGGCUGGGAUAAAGGCUCAUAUGGUUAUCAUGGCGACGAUGGUCAUUCAUUUUGCUCAUCGGGCUCAGGUAUUGUCUACGGACCAACAUUUACCACAGGUGAUUAUGUGGGAUGCUGUGUAAAUUUUCUUGAAAAUUCUUGUUUUUAUACACGCAAUGGUUAUAACAUUGGUACAUCAUUUCGAGAUAUACCGGCGGAUAUUUAUCCAACUGUUGGCUUGCAAACACCUCACGAAGCUAUCGAAGCGAAUUUCGGUUUGAGUCCAUUUAAAUUCGAUAUCGAAAAAUAUAUGGAUGAAUAUCGAGAAAAAACACGUCGAGCGAUUUUUGAAUGUGUAGUAAAAGAAAAUGAACUUCUACAUCAAACACAACUACGUCGAAUUGUUUCCACGUAUCUAGUCCAUUACGGGUAUUGUGCUACAGCUGAACAAUUCAAUAAAAAUGCCGAAAGUGUCUAUGCAGAUGAACUGAAUUCAAUGAGGAAUCGGCAGCUUAUCCAACAUUUGAUCCUUGAAGGUCGUACGACUGAUGCAAUUUUUAAGACGAAAGAACUUUUCCCCACAUUACUCAACGAUAAAAAUCUCUUGUUCUUACUUAAAGUCCGACAAUUUAUUGAAAUGAUCAAUGGAACUGAAAGUGAAAUUUGUGAAACAGAUUCAUCAUCUGCAUCUCAGUCAACAACAACGAAUUGUUCAUCUCCAAAUAAUUUCCUAUCAGCAAAUAAAAACAAUUCGAAUAAUUCUUUGUGUUCCUCGAAAAAGAAUUUGUCUUAUUCAACUGCUGGACGUUCCUUAUCCCCAAUGACUACAACGCAUACAUCUACACGGUCUCGUUCCAAUAGUCCAUAUACAUCUCAACGAGUGCAACAUAGUAAUGGUACAAUGAAUUCAUUAUCUCAUCGAACAAGUGCAAAUAAUCCGAAUGAAUCUUCACAGGAAACAUCGUGUCAAAUAUCUGAAUUAUCGAAUACUCAUUCAGCAACGAUGAAUUCGAAUACUGUAGUUAAUCUAAUGGAUGUUGAUGAUAAUCUAUCUAGCAAUAAUACAGCCAAUGGUUUUAGCAAUCAUGGAACAGUAAACCAGUCUCCUUCGACGACAAAUCAGAUCUCCAAUGGUCAUACAUCAAUAGACAACGAUAAUGCUAAUCAACUUACCGAUGGUAUUGUAAAUAGUAAUGGAUGUUCAGGAAAAUCAACUGAUAUUCUUGACGGAAUGGAGCAUGAUGGUUGUAUAGAUUCGAGUCAUACCAUAGAUAUGGAUAUCACGUCAUCGGAUGUGCAGAAAAAGUCAAUAGAAAAAGAUGAUGAUCAACUUCUCAUGAGAAUUCUCCAAUUCGGCCGAGAGUUACACGCGCUUAAACAACAUCUGGUAGUCGAACAUGGAGAAAAUCCACAUAAUGAUAAAAUUCUUCAGGAUGCAUUCAGUCUAUUAGCCUAUACAGAUCCCAAAAUAUCGCCUCUUGCUCAUCUAUUAGAACCUUCGCAACGUGAAACGGUGUCCAGUGCUGUUAAUAGUGCUAUCCUUGAAGCACAUGACAUGCCAAGACAUCCUGCUCUUGAAGUACUUGCUGGUUAUCUACACGAAUGUGACAAGCUUAUGCACAAGAAUAACAUACCAGACUGUGCCUUUAUUGAUCUCAAUAAAUAUCUACGAUAA